GACGUGUUUUUUUUCCUGGCAACUCCAUUUGUCACAACCACCAUGACGGAAAUGACAGAGCCCUUGUCUGAGGAAGACAAAGAAAGGACCUGUCACAACCACUUCAAAAAAGGAAGUGAUGCUCUACAAGAAGGAGACUUAGAGUCUGCUGAGCAUCACUUUGCAGCGGGGCUAAAGAUAUUCCACAGGAGCUCAACCACCCCUUUGCCGCUACGUCUAAGAAAAGAGGUAGAAGGUCUCCAGAAGCUGGGAGAUGUCUACAAGGAACGUGGAAGACAGGGAGAGGAUGGAAGAGACUUCACGAAAGCUACGGCUUUGUACAAUGCAGCUCUGGCAAGGUCAGAUAACGAUUUGACAAAGGAUGCCCUUGUCAAAUCUAUCAAAGAGACUGAAAGACAUUUCACCCAAACCUUCACAGACCAUCCUUAUGAGCCAAGUCCAUAUGAGUUAGACAAAGAACACAAACAGCAGCUAAAUAAGCACCGUGCUUUGGUAGAAAGGGAACUGAGAGCUAUAGAUGAAAAGUUUGAUCCCAAAAAUUAUGAUAGUGAUGAUGAUGAUGACAAGGUCAGAGAUUUUGAAGGUCACAGGGCAGAUGCAGUCAGGGCAAUGUUUGUGAAGAUAGCAGAGGAUAGGAAACAGUUCCUACAGACCUUGUUACUAGAGUGUAUUGAAGUUCUUGGCCGCCCUACUUGUCUGUAUGCUGUUAUAGGUCUGGGCUCACAGGCUACACAGCUAGUCACUCCAUACUCUGAUUUAGAGUUUGCUAUUCUGAUCGAAGAGGGGAAAGAUAGUGAUGACGAGAAACAAUACUUCCGUAACCUCACAAACCUUCUGCACAUGAAAGUUAUCAACCUCGGGGAAACCAUCCUCCCUGCUAUGGCUAUUAAGUCGUUAAAUGACUUUACCUCGUCAGAUCCAGAAGACAACUGGUUCUAUGACGACAUAACCCCGCGGGGGAUGUCAUUCGAUGGGUCCAUGCCGUGGGCCAGCAAAACCCCACUUGGGAGAGACAAAACACUGUACAAACCCAAAGUUGAGCUCAUCGAUACUCCAGCAAACUUGGCAAAGUACCAACAGGAAGAAAUCUCCUUAGCACAGGGAUACAACUUGGCUAGAAUUCUAAGAAAUGUGACCCUACUACACGGAGACCAGAGACUGGUAGAAGAAUACCAGAAUGCUAUGGAGACAAUAUUUGCACAGUUCACUCACAGUUCUACAGAAAACGUGUCUUUAGCCAUCAAACAAGGCCAAGUGCAACUUCGCCAGGACAUUGGCAAGUUCGGAGAGUAUGAGAUAACCGAGAGGAUAAUAGAUGUGAAGAAAGAGAUGUACCGUUUUCCGACAGUGAUGAUUGACACCCUCGCACUGUGCCUUGAGAUCCCCCCAACCAAUCUCUGGGACACCGUAGACAAAAUGAAGUUGUCCCAGAAGAUUAGUGAUGAUAAUGCUCAUCAUCUUAGGGUUCUGCUCAGCAUUUCAGCAGAGCUUCGUCUUAGGACAUACAUGACAAACAAGGGCCAGAAAGAAAGUAUGUCUGCCUUAACACAGGCGUUGUACCGGGAAUCAGAUGAUGAUGAGUUCAGUGUUGUAAGGCUGGUCUUCCCUUGUGAUUGGAGACAAUUACUCAGGUACCAAUACACAGCCGUGCCCUUGAAGAAGCUUCUGUCAAAGUUAACAGAUGAAAAUGUCUCUUCAUACACUGAUCACCUACUCACUACCUCACUCUGCCAACGAUCUUUAGAUGCCAAGGUUGAUGCCUGCAUGGCUCUAUCGUUAAACCAGUUAGCAGUUUCUCACUUGGAGAAGUAUAUUGAGCAGAUGAAAGCAGCAGAAGGUUCAAGUCCCACUGACCUUGCUUUAGCACUGGGGAACCUUGGGUCAGCAUGGAGUGGGUUAGCAGAAUAUGAGACAGCAGUCAAAUACUAUGAGCAGGCUUUAGAGACAUUUGGGCAGGACAGGGAUAGCACAGACACUGCUAGGUUACUGAACAACCUGGGAGUGACAUGGGAGAGACUGGGACAUCACCAGACAGCCCUUGGCUACCACGAAAGGGCACUAGUGAUGCUCAGAUCAUUGUUUGGUCAAGAAAGCAAUCAUCUUGACAUUGCCAGGUGUCUAAGUCACAUAGGAACGGCCUGGUAUCGGUCAGGAAAUAACCAGGUAGCGAUAACAUACAGUAAGCAGAGCUUAAACAUGAUAGCAGCCCUGUAUGGAGACAAUACAGGUUAUGAUGACAUCAUGAUCCAACCAUUAGAAACACUUGGUUCUGCCUGGUAUUUGGAACAUGAUUACAAAAAAGCACAAGGCUACUUUGAACGGGCUCUAGAAAUAUGUCAAACUUUGUUUGGUAGAUUCAGCAACAACCCAGAUACAGCUACUUGUCUAAGUAACCUUGCCUCAGUGUCAGGUGUGUUGGGUCAGCAUGAAAAAGCAAUCAAAUAUUACCAACAGGCAUUGGAAAUGCAAAGAGCAAUCUAUGGGCCUGAUGCUGCCCAUGAUGACAUUGCUACAAUGGUAUACAACAUUGGGAUGGAAUUCAGAAGUGUACAUCAGUACCAAGCAGCUAUUGUCUACUUUGAACAGGCAUUAGAAAUGGACAGAACCAUCUUUGGUCAGAACGCCGGCAGCAAAAGGCUGGCCUCCUUGCUAAGUAUGAUCGCUACAACUUGGAAUGAUUUGAGUGCAACUGAAACAGCUAUAAGCUAUCAUGAAAAGGCCCUGCAAAUGGAAAGGACCUUGCAUGGACAAGGUGCAAACCAUGCUGACAUUGUGUCAUCCCUUACCAAUCUUGCAUUGCUGUGGAACAAACAAGCUGACUACAAGAAGGCAGUGAGUUACUUUGAAGAGGUCCUGGCAAUGCAAAAAGCGCUAUCUAAGGAUGAAUCUGGGGAGAAGGCUAUCGCUACAACACUGCACAACCUAGGGACAAUCUGUCACGAUGAUGGUCAGUAUCACAACGCAAUCAGAUACCUCAAGGAAAGCAUAGAAAAGCAGCAGAUUGUGUACGGACCAACUCACACUAUUACCACAAUGUCUCUACGCACUCUAGCAAGAGCUUACAAUGACCUAGGCCUUCGUGACUCUGCAGUCAACCACUAUGAACAGGCCUUGGAAAUGAAACGGGUUCUUUAUGGACAGAACUGUAAUCAUGCUGACAUUGUGUCAUCUCUAACUGAUCUCGGGUCCACACAGAAUGCAAUGGGCCAUUAUGAAACAGCUAUCAGCUACUACGAACAAGCCCUGGAGAUGCAGAAAGACCUUUAUGGAGAGAGUGCUGUGAGGGAAGACAUAGCAACUUCGUUAGACAUGCUUGGGUUGGCACACUUCAAUUUUGGCCAGUAUGAAAUUGCAAUCAAAUACUUUGAUGAAGCAUUGACAAUGUAUAAAGCCUUACAUGGAGAGGAUGCUCAUGUGGUUGACAUUGCAACGACGCUCAGUAAUCUGGGCAUAUCCUGGCAUUACCUCGAGCAUCAUGAGAUAGCCAUAUGGCGCUCUCAACAGGGACUGGACAUGCUAAAACAAAUGUAUGGGCAGGAUGCUACUAGUAAGGUGGAUGUUGGCAGAAUAUACAACAAUAUUGGAAUGUCAUGGUAUUGCUUGGGUCACACCAAGGCAGCAAUUUCCUUCUUUGAACAGGCUCUGGAGAUAUAUGGAGUAGUUUAUGGUACAGCAACAAACCAUCCUGAUAUUGCAGUAGUCCUGAAUGGGCUAGGUGUGGCAUGGCAUCGUCUGAAAGAUGAAGGGAAAGGGAUCACGCAUUUGCACCAGGCACUGGAAAUGUACAGAACAUUCUAUGGAAUCAAAGAAAGCAAUCACCGCAUUGCCUUGACACUAAACAACCUUGGACUUGCUUACAAUGCUUUUGGAAAAUAUGAUCAGGCAAUGGAAUAUGCUAAGAGCUCAUUAGAAAUGCAAAGAAGUUUAUACGGACAGAAUGUUAACAGAAAGUCGAUUGUAGUGUCACUUCGGAACCUUGGGGACACCUCUAAUGCCCUGGGUGACCACAAAGCAGCCCUAGACUUCUACAAAGAUGCCCUUGAGGUCCAAAAAGCCAUACAUGAGCCGGACAGGAACCAUUUCUCAAUUGCCACAACACUUCAUGACAUAGGGAAGGUGUUCUGUCGUCUUGAGGAUUACCAAAGAGCUGUUGAGUACUUCCAACAGUCUCUUGAGAUGAGUAGGGAGUUAAGUGGAGGGGAUGAGGAGGACCCUGAUGUUGUUGUAGCAACUACGUCUCUACAAGAGGCAUCAGACUUGCUUAAAAAAUCAAAACCUGAUAGUAAUGUCAAUUCAUAGAUGAGGGUA